AUGACUGAGCCAGUAACAUAUGUCGGAGGUCAUGUAGAUUAUUUUGACUACAUGGAUAUUGAUGAAUGGGGGUUUAUGGCUUUACAAGACAAAGUCAUAGAGUUAGGCUACACAAUGAGUGAAUGUAAGGUAUAUACUGUUGUGGGUGAAGGUUUAAUUGAGGUCAUUUCAGAUAGUGAAGCCUGGGAUUUAAUUGAUUUUAGUGAUAAGGAAAGGGAAGUAGAAGUGUGGAUCAACAUUGGAGGGUUAAAUAAUGAAGCUGAGACUGAUGUUGAAGUGGGAGAAGAUUCUGAUUAUGAAGCUGAAACUGAGGUUGAAGUGGGAGGAGAUUCUGAUUAUGAAGCUCAGGGUGAGGUUGAAGUGGAAGAAGAUCCUGACUAUGAAGAUGAUGGUGAAGAAGAAUUGCGUAGUCUAGGUGAGGACGAUAUUCAGGUGUAUGAAUUAGGCAUUAAUCCAAUGGCUGGACCAAAUGAGUGGCCUCAUUCUCUUUUAGAAGCACCCUUGCCACCUGAAUACAAAUCAAAACCUAGGAGGCCAAGGAAACUGAGGUUGAGAGGAGCUGAUGAAGCCAAGGAAAAAAAGAAAAUCACAAAGGAUGGCGUCCAUAUGUCUAGAAGUCAUGUGAGAAACCCUCAGGCACAAAGAAACCCUCAGGCACAAGAUUCCAGAGCAGAAAGAAACCCUCAGCCACAAAGAAACCCUCAACCACAAAGAAACCAGCCACAAAGCAGCACAACAAAUCAAGAUGCAAGAACAGAUGAGGUUGAUGUACCAGCAGCCAUGUUUGAUAUUCCUAUUCAAGAUGCAAGCUCAGAAUUAGUUCAACAUGAUUACCAAGUAGAGAUUGAGGUUGAAGCACAUGAAGAGAUGACAUUACCUACUGUUCAAGAAGAAGUUACUGCUGUUCAAGAGGAAGUUACUGCUGUUCAAGAUCAAGUUGUUACUGUUGUACAAGAGCAAGUUAGUACUGCACCUCCACCUGCCCCUCUCAGAAGGCAAAAGACCCUUGGUUUAACAAAGAAAAAACAAAAAGUUGCUCAGCCACAAGGGAGGAAGUAUAAAACAAGGUCUUCGUCUUCUUUGACUACGAAAUUCAAGAACACAGCCUCCGAACCAAUCGAGAUUGAAUAA